CUUCAGGGUUAGCCUUUUCCAAAGGAAGAAGAAAAAGCAGUGAGGUUUUCAAAAGAAACUAACACUACAUGUUACUCAAAGAUCUAAUGGAAGAAAAACAGUUAAACCUUAGCCAGCCACUUCUAUCGGUGCGGCGAUACUCAUCGACAAAGUCCUCAAAAAGAAGCAAGAGAGAUAGCAAUUCAUCAACAAGAUUACCCUCUCCACCUUCAUACAAAUCAGAUUUAAAGUCAGGUCCAGUUAGAACUGCAGGUGCUGUUCCAUUUGUGUGGGAAAAAGCUCCUGGAAAACCAAAAGAACAGAGCAAUUCACAAAAACAUGGUCUAAUCACUCCAAAUCCUCCACCAGGGAAGGUUUCAAAGGUAAAUAGGAAGCAAUGUUUUGAUGCAGUUUCGACUUGUGGAAGCAAUAAUGUUUCUGAUUCUGUAAGGAUUUCGGAUAAAGAGGAAGUUAAGGAAAAGGAAAAGGUAGCAGGUUCUGAUUCAGAUGAUGAGAAUUUUGUAGAUGCUCUUGAGACACUUUCAAGGACUGAAUCAUUCUUCAUGAGCACUACUAGUGUUUUUGAUGAUCAAGAGGUCCUGGAACAAUCUAGAAGCUUAUCAUCAUUGUCCAGCAAUCGCGAUUUCAUAAUCGACAGGUUCUUGCCGGCAGCAAAGGCCUUGACAUCCGGAACACAGCCAUAUGCAUCAUCCUUCAGGAAGACAAUUGUAGGACAAGAACAACAACGAAAAGAGAUUAAGAAAGUUUUGAGACCAGAAAUUUCCCUGCCUCUUAGUCAGCAUAGGCCUAAAGCUCUGCCUCGUUAUGGCGAAGAUAAAACCGGAGACUGCAAUGGAGCCGAAAACUUCACGGCCACUGGUUGUGGAUUGUUUCCUAAGCUAUGUCUUCUUAGUCCAAUUGGAGGAUCAAGAAAUGAGGAUAAGACUCAAAGUUCUGCAGUUCAUGGAAUGCAAGCAAGAUCAGUUACUUCCCAUUGUGAAACUACAAAGGAGCAUGCUAAAACUUCUUUUCCUUGGAAAAAGCCAUUGGAUUCUCAACCUGGUUUCACAGAAGUAAAAGACAUCUUGUGUGUUUCUGAGAAAUGUAAACAUGGAACUGAUCCUCAUCAUAGUAGAGGCUGCAAUAAGCCAUCAUCAACCAGUGAGAUCCCUGUGGUUGAGAAAACUCUAUAUGUUGAUUCUGUGCGCAAGGUUAAGUCACAUUCAAGUUCAAUCUCUUCUGAAGUAAAGAAUCAAACCAUCCACAAAGAAGAUAGUUCUAAAAAUUCUAGUAGUGAUAUGAACAUAAUAGAAAUGACAAAACAUUCCAAGAAGUUGAACUCAACAGAAGUUGCUACCAAAGUUGGAGAAGAUGGGAAAAUUGACUUAGAAGGCCAAUGUGUUAUUCAGUUAGGCCAAAAAGAAACAGAUGAUGAUGAUGAUUCAAGCUAUAUGCAGGUUUCACUUGAACUUCCUUCACUGAAAGCUCCAUCAGAGUCUUGGCUUAAGCGCACUCUACCUACAAUUUCCACAAGCAACUUGCAAUCAAGAACAAACAACAUUGCUACAAACACUUGUGCAAGAAGUCAAACUCAUAAGACAGCUUCAUCAAUGUAUCCUAAGUGGGAAACAAUUGUUAAAUCCUCUAAUGUACAUCAUGGACAUCAGAGGCUCCCUAAGGAACUACUGACAAGCAUUCCAGAAGCUUUUGAACAUCAUGGUAAAAUCUGAUUUUUGCAUCAGUAAUAUGAGUUUCUUUCACAUCUCAACUGUAAAAAACAAUAGAACAUGGUUACUUUUUGUACAUUGUAAAUGAAACAAAUUGUUCCAAUAACACAGAAAAUGAUUGUCAUUGUAAAUUACAUCAAUCUUUAACAUGAUCAAGC